AUGACGGUUAUCUGGGCCUCGGUUCUCUAUGGACUUUAUCACGGUCUCAUCUACUUGCCCGUGAUGUUGAGCUGGUUUGGGCCCGAACCAUUCCGGGAUGCCAUAUCUGAUACGAACGAGUUCUCGCCUUCUCCGGCUGACCACGCUCAUCCCGACGAGUUCAGCUUCUCCUCGAAGGUAAGCGAAGCGUCACCCAUUGAGGGGAGAAAGCAUUCCAUCCAGGCCUCCUUUCCGCAGAAGGUGCCGAACCUCCACCUGGGACUGUUCAGGAGCAGCGGGAAGUACCCGCUGGAUGGCGGGGCCGCGCCGUCCAAGAGCGGGAAGGCGGGGAUGCACGAGUCGCCCGUGCCGAUCGUGAUGACCCUCCAGCCGCGCGCCUGCAGGGAGACCUACACGGCGAGGCCCUUCACGUGA